AUGUCAGGGGAGGGAUAUUUACACAUUGCUUGGGGAUCUUCUCCGAAGGCCUUUUGGGUCGCCCGAGGCCUCCUCGGGCGGCGCGGACGGGUAGGCGUGGCCGGCCGGCCCUCCGCGCAGGCCCCGCCGGCUGUCCGCGGAGGCCGUCGUCGCGUCGGCACCGCCGACCCUCGGAGGCAGUCGUCUCGUCGGCACCAUGGGCGCGCCGCCGGCCCAGAAGCCCAGGCCCGCGAGGUCGUGACCGCUUCAGAGUGCUGCCUCCUUCGCUACGUCUCGUCAGCGGGUCACCCUGCUCGUGUGGUGUCCCUUCUGCUCCUCCUCCGCGUGCUCCUGGCCCCUUCUUCUACCUCUCCCUCAGUCCUCGGCCCCAUCUCCCUCGUCCUCCCGCUCCUGUUCUUUCUAUGUCAUCGUCCCGAGCCUCUUUGGGGCCCACGCUGUAGUCGCUCCUUCGGGCUCAGGCCAGAGAGCUUUCGACUGCUUGCGCGCCCGCGCUUCCUGUGGGGCGCAACCCAGCCUGCCCCCGACGCCAUGGUCAUCCCACUCCCGCCCGGCAUCAUGCCGCCAAACUUAGAGGGACCUUGGCCACCCGAGCUGGAGGGCGCGGCUUGGAAGCUGAAGGUCUGCGUACUUUUGGCCCUCGCAAACGUUCCGCUCAAGUUGGUGAUUGGCAUUGCUGUGAAGUCGUAUUUCAACCUUGACAUCUCCAUCAUCGGGAUGGUUUUUCAGGUCUUGCUGUACCAAGUCCCCCUCGUCCUCUGCGGCGUACUCAUGCUCAAGAACGAUCGAACCAUCGCUCCAAUAUACCAGUGGCUCUCUCAGAAGAUGCUUCCAGACUAUUGGAGAGGGCUUGGCGACUUGGGCUUUCUGAUGCCUUUCGUAGUGUUUAACGGGAUAUCCCUGUUCAUGGGCUUGCUGAACGAACAGGGGCUCGCGACUUUUAUCUCCGAGGUCUUCCAGGCGGGCACAUGGAGCGAUCCCACUGCGGGGUCCCUCAUGCUGGCCUCCCUGCUGGACCUCAUCCUGGGCUGGGUCGUGCAGGGCUGCUCGACGUACAUCGGCUGGGGCGCCUACAAGCAUAGGGCAGCAGGCGCUGGCACGCGCCAGCGCCUCACAGACCGGCGACGCGUGGCCGGGGCAGAGGACCGCCCCCGGCCGGGAGCCCUUGCUCGGCCAGCCGCAGCCUCUCGGCGGAGGCAGUGCCGCCGCUCCGGCGGCAGGGUUCCGGCCGUUCGGCGGCCAGGGGCAGACGCUGGGCUCGAGGUGAUGGCGGCGCCCCAGGCAUCGAAAGCGGCAUGA